GAUUCAAUUGAAGUUUACUUCGAACAGCAUUUUGGUGUAUGUGUGUGCAUCCGGUAACAAAAAAUAACUCUAACUUCCAUGCCAAACCGGCAGUUAGUGCGUGUGUGUGCGUGUUUUUAAAUAUAAGCACAUAGCCAGUUCAGGCAGUGAAGUGGUGCCAACAAGCCAAUUGAAACACGCAGGCGUUCAAUCAGCUGAGUGUACUGAAUUUCCGCCCAGCUAACUAGCUAGUUAGUCAGUCGGUCGGUUCGUUUAGACGCGUACGCGUACGCUUUGUCGUUGUCGCUUUGCAUUUUGCGCUUCGUUGCAUUUCCCCCCACAACGGCGAUUAGCAUGGCUCGAGCAUUGUCCUUGCCCUCAGUUUCGCCGAUGGCGCUACUAAAGUAUUGCGGCAUCGCGUCAUCGUCGCCUGUGCUGAGCGGCGAUAUCGGUCGUGGUCUAUUCGCCAUUGUUGUUCUACUGUUGCGUAUGUCCUCCGUCUAUGGCGUCAUCGAUCGGCUGGUGGUGCAAACGUCGAGCGGGCCGGUGCGCGGCCGCUCAGUCACUGUGCAGGGUCGGGAGGUGCAUGUGUACACAGGCAUACCCUAUGCCAAGCCACCGUUAGAUGAAUUACGAUUUCGCAAACCGGUGCCAGCGGAACCCUGGCAUGGUGUGUUGGAUGCAACGCGCCUGCCGGCAACUUGUGUGCAGGAAAGAUAUGAAUACUUUCCCGGUUUCUCCGGCGAAGAGGUAUGGAAUCCUAAUACGAAUGUUUCAGAAGAUUGUCUGUAUAUAAACGUUUGGGCACCAGCGAAAGCGCGUUUAAGGCAUGGACGCGGCGCUAAUGGUGGUGAGCACUCCGGUAAAGCUGAUACUGAUCAUUUGAUACACAACGGAAAUCCGCAAAACACCACCAAUGGCUUGCCAGUGGUGAUUUGGAUUUAUGGAGGCGGCUUCAUGACCGGCACUGCCACACUGGACAUUUAUAAUGCGGACAUCAUGGCUGCGGUGGGCAAUGUAAUAGUUGCUUCUUUUCAAUAUCGUCUGGGCGCUUUUGGCUUCCUACAUCUAGCGCCUGCCAUGCCCGGUUACGAGGAGGAGGCACCCGGCAAUAUGGGAUUGUGGGAUCAGGCAUUGGCUAUACGUUGGUUGAAGACAAACGCACAUGCCUUUGGUGGCAAUCCUGACUGGAUGACGCUUUUCGGCGAAUCGGCCGGCUCAAGUUCGGUAAAUGCGCAACUUGUGUCGCCAGUGACGGCAGGUCUAGUGAAACGUGGCAUGUUGCAGUCGGGCACAAUGAACGCGCCCUGGAGUCAUAUGACUUCGGAGAAAGCGGUUGAGAUAGGCAAAGCGUUGAUCAACGAUUGUAAUUGUAAUGCGUCAUUGUUAUCGGAAAAUCCUCAAGUUGUAAUGGCGUGUAUGCGUGCUGUCGAUGCUAAAACAAUUUCAGUGCAACAGUGGAACUCCUAUUCGGGCAUUCUGAGUUUUCCUUCAGCGCCGACCAUAGAUGGCGCCUUUUUACCCGAUGAUCCCAUGAAAAUGAUGGAGACUGCUGAUAUGCGCGGUUAUGACAUACUAGUGGGAAAUGUCAAAGAUGAAGGCACUUACUUUCUGCUUUACGAUUUUAUCGAUUAUUUUGACAAGGAUGAGGCGACUUCGUUGCCGCGUGACAAGUUCUUAGAAAUCAUGAAUAACAUUUUCGGUAAAGUAACACAAGCGGAACGCGAGGCCAUCAUUUUUCGGCACACCAGCUGGGUAGGCAAUCCCGGUUUGGAGAAUCAACAGCAAAUAGGACGCGCAGUGGGCGACCACUUCUUCACCUGUCCGACCAAUGAAUACGCACAAGCGUUAGCUGAACGGGGCGCUUCCGUGCAUUACUAUUAUUUUACACACCGCACCAGUACCUCUGUGUGGGGUGAAUGGAUGGGUGUACUGCACGGCGAUGAAAUCGAGUACUUCUUUGGUCAGCCAUUGAAUACGUCGCUACAGUAUCGACCAGUCGAACGGGAGUUGGGCAAGCGGAUGCUGAAUGCGGUUAUUGAAUUUGCAAAAACUGGUAAUCCUGCUGCAGAUGGUGAAAAAUGGCCAAAUUUUACAAAGAAAGAUCCCGUCUAUUAUGUUUUUUCAACUGAUGAAAAAGAAGAAAAACUGCAACGUGGGCCACUGGAAGGACGUUGCGCAUUCUGGAAUGAAUAUUUGCGUGAAGUCAGAAAAUGGGGAACGCAAUGUGAAGUCAAAGCAUCCUCAGCUUCCACACUACAUCGUGCACAACAACAAGAUCUAGCGCUACAACAAAGUGGUAUCGUUACAAUAAUGCUGACGUUAUCAAUUGUUUUGGGCAUUCCGUCGCUGAAUAUAUUUUUCUAAAACAUAAAAUUGAUUUAGGAGCGCACAAAAAGCUUCAUGCAGCCAAUGUAUUCAAACAUUCCAGAAAACACACAUUAAAAUGAUGGAUAUUAAUAAAAAAAGAAAUAAGAUAAUUAUUACUAAUAAAAAUAACACACACACUCACGAAUGCUUACAUAUAAAAAAAAACAACAUUUAACUAGCGUAGUGAAAUGUAGUUAAUGAAAGGGUAGGCGAAGAAUUAAGGAAGGACGAAAAUAUGAAAAAUAAAGAAAUAUGUUUGUAAGUAGAUGCCAAGUAGAUCCAGAAUUUUUAAUUUUUAUUUUUUUUUUAAUUUGUGUAUAGGGCUGACACAAAACACUAUCUACGAAACUGAUUUGAUGUUAUACAUUUUUCUAUAUUUUUAAUUUUUUUUUGUCGUUGUGGCAAAACUUGAUUUUUUUAGGGCAAGUAUUAAGCAAAAAUAUUAUAUUAUUAAUGUAUAUUGAGCAGCUUGGGUUGGAAAAAAAUUCCACAAUUUUUUCAUUUACUUUUAUCGAAUUCGUGUUAUAUUUAAAUUGCUUAUUUUUGUCUAUGUAUGUGGACAUAUUUAUCGUAUAACUUAGUUUGCAUAGUAUAAUGUUCAGUGUGCUCAACCCGUACAACAAAAGUAGUCACUUACACUCCCGCACACAUACACUUUAAGCAUUUUACGCGUGCUCUUGCCACAAAUCUGCAGAGCACCUUGAUGACCUUCGCUUGACAACCCAAACCAAAUUAAUAAACUAAUUUGGUAAGCUCAAAGGAAAGGCAAUGGAAUUUUUGAAACAGUUAAAAAACUUUAACUUAAAUUGGAUAUCCAGAACCACAGUUUUUUACAAUCAACCAAAAUUUUAAAAGCGAAGAAAACGUAACAUUUUUAGCGACGACGAAAUAAGUAACGAAUAUUUGCAAAACAUUAACGAUUUUAUACCGAAAUAACAAAUAAAAAAAAAAUACAAAUGAGAUUAAACUUAAAAUUUGAAAUUUGCCAAGAAAGUUUUGAAAAAUUUGGUACCCCAGAGCCUUGAUAGGUAGAGGCCAUUUAAUAAAGUAAAAAAGAAAAUUUUGAACUGACUUUAGCAUUAAAUUUCAGUUAAAUAAAAUGGAAAGCGUUCGCAAUGUACGCGAAAUGCGAUGAAUUGUUUGAGUAAAAAUUUCAAGCGCGAAACCCGUUCGUGUCUUGAGUCUUUCGUUUGCCUCGCAUCCUUACUCUACUGCGACAAGUGGGUUGAAUUUGUUUGCACAAAAAGCCAACUAAUAACAUAUCUACUAUAGUUUUUACGAUUCCACAAUAAAAUGUGCGCUUUAAAGUGAACGACAGGAAGAAAUCUGUUUUGUUAUUUUUUGCAUAUGCAUUUGCGUUAGGCUUCAGACCAACCACUUUACGAUUACUUUCCCAUAUUUUUCUCCACAAACUAUAUAUAUAUAGUACUUGUGCGCAAAUAAGUCAUUAGCCUUUAUGCCAUAUAGCUUUUCCUCCAGCUGUGCUGUAUAACCUAAA